GCACAAAUAUUGACUUUUUUUCUUUAGAUUAAUGAAUUCGGGCUAUUUUUUAUUUGUUAAUUGUAUUUAAAUUGACUACAAGUAAGUGUAAUGGAGCAAGAAGGAGUGACUGCAAGUUCAGCCCCAGAUGUACUUGAAUCGGCUAGUAAAAAUAAGACUGCGGAUUUCGCUGAUAGAACAUCAGAUAAAAAUUUCUCUCCUAGUGGAAUGGCAAAUGAUGAAAAGGAAUACUCUACUUCAGGAACAAAAAGAGAAAGUUUAACUGCAAGCCCUAAAGACAAGUUCAGUCUUAAAAGUGACUCUAGUAGUAACUUUCAAAAGAGUAAUCCGUCAUAUCAUUCUAUAAAAGCAGAAUUACCUCUAAAAACUACAGCAAAUUUACCAGACUAUAUGGGCCGGGCUAGUAUCAUCCCAGUGAGAAGCUUCACUUCAAACGAUUCAAAAAUAUCUGUAUAUUCUAAAGAUGAUUAUAAUAGUCUUGAUAAAACUAUGAGUAUGCUUCGACAAGAGCAAGAAGCUGAAAUGUAUAAUUGGGAGAGUAUAAUAAACGAAAAGCUGGACAGGGACAGUUGGACUGGAGGAUUUGGUAUUUCACCCAAGAAAAAGCUUAUACAACCUUUUCAACAUUUAACUGAACUCAAUGGAAAAAGCUCUGAUAUAAACAUAGCUGCAAACCACUCCAGUUUAGAACCUUACAAUGCUUUUUUUGAUGAACCAACAACAAAGUUAACUAGAUCAUCUCUUUAUUCAGAAUUUUCUGAUACCAUCAGCCUUCCAGAAACAUACAUCUCUGAAUCUGAAUUAGCUGAAAAACCAGAAUUGUGUAAGACAUUUCAAGAAAGGCAAAAUGAACGUACAAAACGAUUAGCAGUGAAAAUGCUAAAUGUUAUCGAUUCUCUUGCUCCUACAAAAUAUGUCUUGCCAACAUAUCAAACAACUAAAUACACUAUACCUGUGUCAAUGCACACUUUCAAAUUAAAUCGAGUUCGACUACAUGAAAGGAUGAAAAGUGAAGAUCCUAGAGGAUUUAUACUAUUGAAAGGAGGAGAAAUAGUGAAUCAAUAUAACACCAAUUCCACUUAUACAUUCAGACAGGAACCAUUCUUCCACUGGACCUUUGGUGUGAGGCAUCCAUCGUUUUGGGGUGGUAUUUGUUUAAGAACAGGUUCAUCAUUUUUGUUUAUCCCAAGGAGUUCGGAAAGAGAUGAGACAUGGAAGCGUAAAACACCGUCUCCUAAUGAUUAUAAACAAAUGUAUGGAGUUUCAAAGGUCAUGUAUGAAAAUGAGAUGGAUUCUGUUUUGACAAAAUAUAAUCCAAGAAAAUUAUUUCUACUGUGUGGAAUGAAUUCAGACAGUGGGCUUGUGCUCAACCAACCAAUUCUUCCUGUCGAUACAACGAUUGAAAUUGACACGAAGACAUUAUAUCCAAUUAUGUGUGAAUUAAGAGUGAUUAAGAAUGAUUAUGAAAUUGAACUUAUAAGACAAGCAUGUAUUGUAUCAUCAGAUGCUCACAAAUACAUCAUGCACAGUAUGGUUGGAAUGGUUGGCUAUUAUGAAUAUCAAGCACAAUCUCUUUUUAUUCAUUAUUGUUCAUAUAUGGGAGGGUGCAGGACAACUGCGUACAAUUGCAUUUGUGGCACAGACCCUAAUGCUGCAAUACUACACUACGGCCAGACUAGUAUGGACAACAAUAAAAUUUUAAAAAGUGGUGAUUUAUGUAUUUUCGAUAUGGGAGUUUCAUACUAUGGGUAUGCUUCUGAUAUUACAUGCACUUAUCCUAUAAAUGGAAAAUUUACUGAUGAUCAAAAAGUAAUAUAUAAUGCUGUGCUUAAAGGAAGGGAGAGAGCACUCGAGGUAAUCAGACCAGGGAUUGGAUGGGAUCAAGUUCACCUGGAAGUCCUAGCAGCAAUAUUUACAGAAAUGAGACAAGAAGCUUUACUAUUUGGAGAUGUGGAUGAGAUGAUAGAGGCAGAACUAGGAGCUGUGUUCAUGCCUCAUGGAAUUGGACAUUUGUUAGGGAUUGAUGUACACGAUGUAGGUGGAUACAAUUUGAACACCCCACCAAAACCAACUCGACGGAGUCUAAUAAAUUUAAGAACAUGCAGGCGCCUUACAAAAAACAUGGUCUUAACUAUUGAACCUGGUUGCUAUUUCAUUGAAAAAUUGCUAGAAGAAGCUGAUGAAAAUAAAAAAUUGGCAAAGUUCAUAAACUUCCAGAGAAUAAGCCAAUACGGAAAUUUUAGAGGUAUACGGAUAGAAGAUGUUGUAUUAGUAACAGAGUUUGGAUGUGAAGUACUGUCAGAUGUUCCUCGAAGUGUUGAUGAAAUAGAAGCUUGGAUGAAUUCCCAGCCACUGGAAGGUGGAUUUGAUCAGUACAUCGGGGAUGAUCACUUGCCUUGCCUCUGUGCAAAAGAGCCCCCACCUAUUUCUCAGUUGAGAAUACCUACAGGAGAUAUUAUAAAACGUAUUUGUGGUUGCAAGGAUGAAAUUCGAAGCACUUCUUCAGCUGAAACACUGCAUUAUGACAAAAAUAUAUGUUCUUCAAGGGACUCUGUGUCUGAAGUAAUUGAAGCUGAAAAAUUCUCAAGUAAAGAUCAUGUAAUAGAAAAGGAGUGUGACGAGGUAAAGCCUGAAUCAGAACAAAGUGAAAUAGAUUUAGAAGAAUAUUAUGGUGGUGAAGAAAUUGAUCAGGCAUACUGGAAAUCAAAAAUACCAUUUGUUGUAUCAGAUACAAGUUCUUCUGCUUCAUCAAAACAUAAAUAUAGCACAACAAACAGGCAAAAUAAAGGUUUUGGGAACAGAGACAAAGCAGAAGAAGGCAAUUCUUUCCAGCAUCCUAAAGCCCCACCACCUACUAAACCUAUUCCAUCAACAUUAAGCCAACCACAGGAUCCAAAUCAAAAAGGCAUAAACCCUUUCCCUGUGCCCCAUGCAAUUUCAUCAAAUCCUCAUGCCAGGGAUGAAGAUCUACUCAUUGUUACAGAAAAAGAAUCAAAAAAUUCCAAACUUAAAUAAAGUUUACUAUUUAACAGAUUUAAAUACUUA